UUAUCUUUUGCCAAAUUUUAAAGAAGAUUUAUGUUAUUAGGUUUGUGAGUUGUUCAUGGAUAAGCUACUACCAUAUACUAACAGAAUAUUAACAUUGAUUAAAAAAUGGACGUUGGUUUUAAAGAAAAACGACCUCCACACCCUAGAAAUAAUGCCAACCUUUUUGAAAUCCUCACAUUUGGGUGGACUUUAAAUCUAUUCAAAACAGGAAAAAAAAGAGAUUUAGAAGUAAAUGAUUUAUAUACAACAUUAGAUACACAUGCGUCAGCAAUAUUAGGAAAUCAACUAGAGAAGAAAUGGAAAAUGGAGUUAAUUAGAGCGAGAAAGACAAAAAAAAAACCUAGUCUACGAAGAGCUUUAAUUCAAAUGUUUGGACCAGCAUUUUUGUUAUAUGGAAUUUUUCGCACAAUUACUGAAAUUUUUUUAAGUGCUUACCAGCCAUUCUUCUUGGGCCGUGUAAUCGCUCAAUUUGAUCCAGACACGCCAUCAGAUAAAUCAUCUCAUCUAGGCAUAUUUUAUGGAAUUUGUUUGUUGGUAACCACUAUGAUGAAGAUUUUUAGUUUUACAGCCUACGAUAUGCUUAUCACGCACCUAGGAAUGAAGAUGCGUGUGGCUAUGUGUUACCUCAUUUAUAAUAAGGCCUUACGAUUAAGUAAAACUGCUAUUGGCGAAACUACAGUUGGUCAAGUAGUAAAUUUAUUAUCAAAUGAUGUAAAUCGAUUUGACAUAGCAAUAACACUAGUGCUCUAUAUAUUAAUUGGUCCUCUGGAAACAAUUGUUGUCACAUAUUUUUUGUGGCAAGAAAUAGGCGUUUCGGCAUUGUUUGGAAUAGGCGUAUUACUCAUGCUUAUUCCAUUACAAGGUUGGUUGGGGAAAAAAUCAUCUGAACUUCGAUUAAUGACGGCCGUUAGGACUGAUGAAAGGGUGCGUUUGAUGAAUGAAAUUAUUUCGGGUAUACAAGUGAUUAAAAUGUAUACUUGGGAAAAACCUUUUGCAUACCUCGUACAAUUUGCAAGAAAAGAUGAAAUUAAAUACAUUAAAGGAGCCACUUAUAUAAGAGCCAUUUUUGGAUCGUUCACGACAUUUCAUACUAGGCUUGCGUUGUUUUGCAGUAUAUGUUCUUAUGUGCUACUUGGAAACUUCAUUACUGCUCAAAAAGUUUUCGUCGUAACUUCGUACUAUACUAUUUUACGGAUGACAAUGACUUCAUUCUUUCCUCAAGGUAUCGGACAAAUGGCCGAAUUAUUAGUAUCUAUUAAACGUUUACAGAAUUUUUUAUUAUACGAAGAAAAAACAAAUCAAGUGGCCAAUCGUUCAAAAGAACAAAAGGCAGCAGAUAACAAUGAUAAAAAAGAAAUAGAGAUCGAUGGAAAUGUCAGUCCAACAAGUGUAGAAAAUCAAAAUAAAAUUACACAAUCUUAUGAUUUAGGCAUAGUUAUUUCUAAUGCUACAGCUAAAUGGACAGAUGCUCAAACUGAAAAUUCUUUAGAAAAUAUAAAUCUUAGUGUAAGACCUGGCCGAUUGGUUGCAGUCAUCGGUCCUGUAGGAUCCGGAAAAAGUUCAUUAAUUUAUGCUAUUUUGAAAGAAUUGCCACUGUCUGAAGGAAACAUUUCAGUGUGUGGUGUUGUAUCUUAUGCAUCACAAGAACCAUGGUUAUUUUCUAGUUCUGUUCAGCAAAACAUAUUGUUUGGUUCUCCAAUGGAUAAGGAACGUUAUGAAAAAAUUAUAAAUGUAUGUGCAUUAAGAACGGAUUUUGAACAACUUCCUUAUGGUGAUAGAACACUAGUAGGAGAAAGAGGAGUUCAACUUAGUGGUGGACAAAAAGCGAGAAUAAAUUUAGCAAGAGCUGUUUAUAAACAAGCAGAUAUUUAUUUAUUGGAUGAUCCUUUAUCUGCUGUUGAUACUCAUGUGGGCAAGCAUUUAUUUGAUAAAUGUAUUAAAGGUUUUCUCAAAGAAAAGACUUGUAUUCUAAUAACUCAUCAGUUACAAUAUUUAACUAAAGUAGAUCAAAUUAUUUUAAUGCAAAAUGCAACUAUAUUAGGUGAGGGUUCAUAUCAGGAACUUCAAGUCAGCGGUUUAGAUUUCACUGAACUACUAAAACCUUCUGUAGAAACAACAAUUGUAUCGGACAAUGAAUCUUAUCCUGAACAUAUUUAUACUAAUACUUUAGACCUACAUACAAUUUUCACUCGACAAAUUUCCAUUCAAAGUAUUGGGUCAUCCACCGAAGAAAAAAUAUUCAGUGAACCAAUUCAAGUAGCUGAAACUUCUACUUCUGGAGAUGUUUCAAUUACUGUAUACUCAUCAUACUUUUCUGCUGGCGGAAAUGUUCUUAAAAUUUCAUUUUUACUGUUUAUUUGUAUUUUUACACAAGUUUUAGCAUCUGGCGGAGAUUUCUGGAUAACAUUUUGGGUCAAUUUAGAAGAAAAUAUUUAUCGUUAUACUGAUAAUGUGAAUAAUAGUAUAUUAACAGCUGCAGAGAAUAACACAUUAACAACUAAUGAAAUAUCUGAUACAUUGCUCUGGUGGACAAUUUCAAGAAAAGCUUGUUUCAUAGUUUUUGCUGUUAUAACAUUAAUGAUAAUAUUGGCUACUCUCAUCAGGUCCACAAUGUUUGUGUUAGUCUGUAUGAAAGCAUCUUUGAAUUUACACAAUAAUAUGUUCAACGUUAUAACUAGAGCUACAAUGAACUUUUUUAAUACAAAUUCAUCAGGACGAAUUCUUAACAGAUUUUCAAAAGAUAUGGGUGCAAUUGAUGAGUUAUUACCAACGGUUUUAAUGGAUUCUGUACAAAUUGGAUUGACACUGUUGGGGAUUGUUAUUGUUAUUGGAUUAGUUAAUAUUUAUCUUAUCAUACCAUUAAUUAUAGUUGGUAUAGUAUUUUAUUAUCUUAGAGUUAUAUACAUAUCAACUUCUCGAAGUGUCAAACGACUGGAAGGAGUUACACGAAGUCCGGUUUUUGCUCAUUUGAAUGCAUCCCUUCAAGGAUUAACAACAAUUAGAGCAUUUGGAGCCGAAGAAAUUUUAUCUAAAGAAUUUGACAAUCAUCAAGAUUUACACUCUUCAGCAUGGUAUUUAUUUAUUGCUUCAAGUAGAGCAUUUGGUUUUUGGUUGGACUUGGUUUGUCUUGUAUACAUAGGUGUGGUCAUAUUUAGCUUCUAUGUUGUUAGAAAUACUUUUUAUGGAGGAGACGUUGGUUUGGCUAUUACUCAAGCAAUUGGAUUAGCUGGUAUGUUUCAAUGGGGAAUGAGACAAUCAGCAGAAUUAGAAAACCAGAUGACAUCAGUUGAAAGAGUACUAGAAUAUACAAAUAUCCCACAGGAAUCUGCCUUUGAUUCUUCUGAGGAUGAAAAACCACCAAAAGAAUGGCCCCAUAAAGGAGAAAUUGUGUUUAAAAAUUUUUAUUUACGUUAUGGCAUGGAAACACCACAUGUCUUAAAAAAUCUCAAUAUUCAUAUUAAACCAACUGAAAAAAUUGGAAUUGUUGGAAGAACUGGUGCUGGAAAAUCAUCUAUAAUAAGUGCAUUAUUUAGGUUAGCUCUUAAUGAAGGUUCCAUUAUUAUUGAUGAUAUAGAUAUAAAUAAUUUGGGAUUACAUGAGCUGCGAUCAAAAAUUUCGAUCAUUCCUCAAGAACCAGUUUUAUUUUCGGGAACAAUGCGAACAAAUUUAGAUCCUUUCAAUGAAUAUUCAGAUAAUGCUCUAUGGAAUGCUUUAGAAGAAGUUGAGUUGAAAGAUGUUGUUAAAGAAUUACCAGGUUGUCUCAAUUCUAGAAUGGCUGAAGGGGGUUUUAAUCUUAGUGUUGGACAAAGACAAUUAGUAUGUUUAGCUAGAGCUAUAGUGCGAAGUAAUAAAAUUCUUGUAUUGGAUGAAGCUACUGCUAAUGUUGAUGCACAAACGGACACAUUAAUUCAAAAUACUAUAAGAAAUAAAUUUCAAGCUUGCACAGUAUUAACAAUUGCUCAUCGUUUGAAUACUGUUAUGGAUUCUGACAAAGUGCUAGUUAUGGAUGCAGGUAAAAUGGUUGAAUUUGAACAUCCAUACAAUUUGUUGAAAAACCAAAACGGAUAUUUGUAUAAAAUGGUUCAACAAACAGGACAGGCUACAUCUGAUGUAUUGCACAGUAUAGCUGCUAAGAGCUAUAAAAUGACACAAAUAAUUAAUAAACCUCAA